AUGCAGGUGGUGGUAAAAAACAUUGGGGCCGCCUUCUCCGUGGCCGUCAUACCCGUCCUGCAGGACAACUACUCUUACGUUAUCCACGACCAGGCCACCAACGCCGUGGCGGCGGUGGACGUGUCUGCCGACACCGCCCCUGUUUUGGACUACGUGCGGCGUCUCAGCAAGAGCGUUGCCGAGCGCGGCGCGGGGGAGGUGAGCUUCCGCACAAUCCUCAGCACCCACAAGCACCUGGACCACACCGGCGGCAAUGUCGCGCUGCUGCGGAAGCUGAGCCCCAGCGGCGCCUUUCGCGUCGUUGGCGGCGUGAAUGACGACAUUCCAGGCGUCACGCAGACGGUGCGGGAGGGCGACUGCCUGUCACUAGGGGCGCUGCGGGUGGAGGUGCUGGACGUGCCGUGCCACACGCGGGGGCAUGUGCUGUACAAAGUCUAUCACCCGCAGGCCGCGGCCGACGGGGCGGCGCUCUUCACCGGCGACACGAUGUUCGUGGGCGGCAUCGGGGCCUUCUUCGAGGGCGACGCCGCGCUCAUGUGCCGGGCACUGCGAAAGGUGUACGACCUGCACCGGGGCGCCAGCGACGCGGACGAGGCGGACCGCCGCACGUUUGUCUUCCCCGGGCACGAGUACACCGUCAACUUCCUCCAGUUCGCCCACGGCGCGAUCCCGCCGGCCCACCCCGACGCCGCCUUCAUCGCGGCGCAGCUGACGCGCUACAAGGCGGACGUGGCGGGGCGCACGCCGACGGUCCCAAGCUCCCUCGCGGAGGAGAAGCGGCAGAACCUCUUCCUGCGCACCUGCGACGCGGCGUUUGUGCGGGAGAUGCGGCACGGCGACACCGCCGAGGCGCUGAUGCGGCACCUGUACGACGCCUGCCCCUGA